UCAGCCAGCUCCACUGCCAGCCCUCCUGGUGCGGGCAGUGGCAAGGCAUCCCGUCCUGGUCUGCACACCCUGAACCGCAGCCACCUCCAGCGCCUGGCCAUUGCCCAGUCCCGGGUGCUCAUUGCCUCUGGGGUCCCCACCGUUCCAGUGAAGAACCUCACUGGCUCCAGCCCUGUCAACCCAGCACUGGCAGGGAUCACGGGGAUUCUAAUGAGUGCGGCCGGGCUGCCCGUCUGCCUGACACGGCCCCCCAAGCUGGUGCUGCACCCUCCACCCGUCAGCAAAAGUGAGAUCCAGUCCAUCCCUGGCAUCUCCCACACCUGCCGCAAGACCACCAAGAAACAGGCCAAGAAGGGUAAAACCCCUGAGGAGGUACUGAAAAAAUACCUGCAGAAGGUGCGGCAUCCACCGGAUGAGGACUGCACCAUCUGCAUGGAGCGCCUCUCUGCACCCUCUGGCUACAAGGGACCCCAGCCAGCCAUCAAGCCUGACCUGGUGGGGAAGCUUGUGAAAUGUGGCCACGUCUUCCACCUCCACUGCCUGGUUGCCAUGUACAACAACGGCAACAAGGAUGGGAGCCUGCAGUGUCCCACAUGCAAAACCAUCUAUGGGGUGAAGACAGGGACACAGCCCCCAGGGAAGAUGGAGUAUCACAUCAUCCCUCACGCGCUGCCUGGCCACUCUGACUGCAAAACCAUCCGCAUCAUCUACAACAUCCCCCCGGGGGUGCAGGGACCGGAGCAUCCAAACCCCGGGAAGAGCUUCACUGCCCGCGGCUUCCCCCGGCACUGCUACCUACCAGACAGCGAGAAGGGCAGAAAGGUACUGAAGUUGCUGCUGGUGGCCUGGGACCGGCGCUUGAUCUUUGCCGUCGGGACCUCCAGCACCACAGGAGAGUCAGACACAGUGAUCUGGAAUGAGAUCCACCACAAGACAGAGUUCGGCUCCAACCUCACUGGCCAUGGUUACCCCGACAUCAACUACUUGGACAAUGUCCUGGCCGAGCUUGCGGCCCAGGGCAUCACGGAAGAGAGCCUGGCACAGGAGAAGGACUGA